AUGGUUUCAGAUUUUUUGUGCGCGCUCUCCGCGAACAAAUACCAGAUCGAGUUUCUCGAGUUUACCAUCAGCGACUAUGAUACCAAGAACAUAAUUUUCAUGGUGGGGAGGGACUACCCGCCUCCGAUUGAUCUUGACCUCGACUUGGGCAGCCUGGACGAGAACGCGUACCGCCUCAUCAAGUACGAGUUUUCGGAAGAUGUUCUUCGGUUGCCGUCGAUACAGACGUCACUGGUGUUUUCCGUGGGGGAGCAGGAGGUGCCAAACUUUAGAAUGGUGGAGAGACACUACUUUCGAGACCAGUUGAUCAAGAGCUAUGAUUUUGGGUUCGGCUUUUGCAUCCCUGCGAGCACCAACACUUGGGACGCGGUCUACCAGGUUCCUCCGCUUGACGAGGACCUAAUCGAGGAAAUGAUAGCAAACCCGUUUGAGACCAAGUCGGACAGCUUUUACUUUGUGGAUGACGAGCUCAUCAUGCACAACAAGGCCAGCUACAAGUACGUCCCUGAGGACACCGCCCAGGCUAAAAAGAGCUAUGAGGUGAGCUUCUCCUGUUGCUCCAACGACAGCCCCCUGCCUCCUGCGCUAGCCCAGCGAGAUGCUGCUGUACAUGAACAACGCAUCUCGUAA